GCAACGAGCUCGCCCACUCCUCGGUGGCUCGGUUCCUAGUCAGCCAAGAGAGAAGAGAGAUGGCUCGCCCCUACCACCUGACCCUCCUCCCCCUCUUCUCCUUCCUGCUCCUCACCGGCCAUGUGGCUGCCGGUCUGUCCGGAGGGAAGAAAGUCGGCAAGAUAGUGACCCUCACCAUCCAGUACCCGGCGGGCGGCUCGCCGCCGGGGGAGAAGACCACGAUCUCAGCGCACUACGUUGACGAGAACGGGGGCGCCGACCGCCGCUUCGACCUCGACUGUGACGACGACGAGCCCCUCGGUUUCGCCAUGAAGUACCUUAUCACGACCCUGGAGGGGAUACGAGAUGCGAGGGAGUCUCGGUCCGAGCUCUAG